CUGGGCCGACGGUUGAGAAUGCAGCUGUUUGAAGCUGAGGUGGCAGAUGGUGGGGAUCUUGAGUGGUUAGGACGAAGUUGGAGCCGAAAGAGAAUGACGAGUGGACCCUGGCACAUCGACGGUCGCGAGCGGGUUCUCAAGUUAGGCGAGAGUUUUGAGAAGCAGCCGCGCUGCGCCUUUCACACUGUGCGCUAUGACUUCAAACCUGCUUCUGUUGACACUUCUUGUGAAGGGGAGCUUGAGGUCGGCAAAGGCGAACAGGUGACAAUAACUCUGCCAAAUAUAGAAGGAUCAACUCCGCCAGUAACUGUUUUCAAAGGUUCAAAGAAACCUUACUUAAAAGAAUGCAUUUUGAUAAUUAACCAUGAUACUGGAGAAUGUCGACUAGAAAAACUCAGUAGCAACAUCACUGUGAAAAAAACAAGAGUUGAAGGAAGCAGUAAAAUGCAGCCUCGGGUAGAGCAUCAGCAGCAACAAAUGCGAAAUUUAACUAGGACCCCCAGUGUUAUAAAACAUUCUCCAUCCGAAGACAAGAUGUCCCCAACAUGUUCGAUGGAUGAUAUUGAAAGAGAACUGAAGGCAGAAGCUAGUCUAAUGGACCAGAUGAGUAGUUGUGAUAGUUCAUCAGAUUCUAAAAGUUCAUCAUCUUCAAGCAGUGAGGAUAGUUCCAGUGACUCAGAAGAUGAAGAAUACAGAUCCUCUCCUUCCGAUCCAGGGAAUUAUAUUUCAGGACAUCCUACCAUGUCUGCCAUGGCGCAUUGCAGAAUUCCCGAUAUAGAUGCCAGUCAUAAUAGAUAUGACAAUAGUGGCCUUCUGAUGAAUACCUUAAGAAGUGAUUUGCAGCUGAGUGAAUCAGGAAGUGACACUGACGACUGAAGAAACAUUCAACUAUAAAUAUAAAAUUUACAAGACAUGUAAUGAUUUAUUUUAUAUUAAGAAUAAAAAUUUCC